CCUCCAAAAAGCUCCAGCCCCUCCUCAGCAUGAAGCCGUUCCUGUCUGUAUUUCAUGCCAAAGCUCAUGAUUUCAAAUGCGAGGUCAAAUGGAGUGGGGCAUAUCAGGAAGGGGCUGGCCUAACACUAGGCGAGGAGGUUGAGCAGUGCAAUGCCUUCCUCUCUAGGAUUGCAGUGACCACAAAGCACAUGUCAAAAGCUGGACGCACAGACAUGCUGACUCUCUUGGCCAUGCGCUGGAAUCAGCAAAAGUUCAACAAUUUGGCCACCUCACUGUCUCACAGAUAUCACAAGACCAUAAAAUCUCUACAAAGCAAGCAACAGAAUGUUGAGUCCAUGAAAGCUCAGUUGGCAGUGACAGAGAGCCAUUUGGAAGACUGGGUCAGUGAUGUCAAAGAGUGGGCAGAAGCAACAACAAACACAAGCACAAAUGAUGUGGAUGCCUUGGCCAGUAGAAUCGAGGUGCUGGUGACCAGUAUAAAGAGACGCUCACAGCGUCUUUAUAAAGAUACUGACGGCAACAAAGGUCGUGCCAGGAUCCGCCGCAAAAUCAGUGAGGAGAAGGGGAUCCUGACCUCUGUUGUGGAGAAAUACAACAAAAUAGUUCCAAGCACAGAAAGUCUUUGCAUGGAAACCAUUGUGUCUGGCGAGACAGCUUGGCCAUGGCAGCUACCACACAGUGGACAAAGAGAAAGGCGUUUGACAUCAUCAUGGCAGUAAGGAGACUGGAGGAGGAGAAGAAUAUUCUUGUUCUGGAGAUGGACCACCACUGGAAAUGGCUUUCAACUCGUGCAAAGACCUCGCAAGAGUUGUCCAGUCUACUUUCUAGUGAGACAGUGAAAAAUUGGCCAUGUGGCUUUAGUGAAGAGGGGUUGAAAGGUCUGCAGAGCAUCAUCCUGAGAAAGCAGCAGAACAUCAGAGAGAAGAAGAUGCAAGCUAGAGACUGCUACCUGCGACUUUUGUCUGGAGAGACUGCAGAGAUCAUGAGCUUCUUGCACAAGCCGGAUGAUUGUGACAGUGACUCGGACAGUUCUGAUGAUGCACUGUAAUUGUACCCGUUACCGCUGCUCCACUUUCUUGUGCCAGUGGAAUUACAAAUGCUACUGUAGGUUGGUCACGUGAUGCCCUCUGGCCCAAAAAUACUUCUUACCAUUGCAACAAAACAAAUGAGCCAUGGUAGCAUGGUUUCCAGCAGGAGUGUUUGAGAAAAAACGGACAAAAUCUCCUUCAUUUCUAAUAUUACUAUAAGUAGUAUUAUUAUUUUUAUAUAGACAGCAGAUAUGAGAGGACAGGGAAGACUGUUUACAAAGUAUCAGGGAGUCAAUAUCACCAUAAGGUGCCUUUGAGACUUCCCCAUUUCCCCCCAAAAAAGCUGAGAUUUUUUGAGACUUUUUAUAAAUUAACUGCAAGCAGACAAUUUACAUGCAAA